AUGGAAGCAAACGAAAGAACAACUCGGGAGUUGGCCAUACUCGCUGGUCCUACUCCAGCAUCCGUCGAGGCAAAAAUAAUCGAUUUCAACGAGACAGAAGUGAAUGAGUACGCGGGCUAUUUCGCAAUGGUCAUUGACAAUGUUUUGACACGUAAGGAGUGCGACGAUCUCCUCGGGCUCAUCAGUCCAUCCAACAACGUCGCUUGGCCUUCAGCCACAGUGACUGCCUACAACGGAUCCCAGAUCUUGGACUUGAAAUCACGUUUCUGCGACCGGAUCUUCUACACAUCUCAAGUCCUUGCUGACCAUAUUCUCGAGCGCAUACUCCCGCUUCUACCGCCUGGCAUUGUCACCCUGAAAGACGCUCCAGAUAUCACCGGCCAGAACCCUGUCAUCCGUAAAGAGACAUGGAGAAUCUGCCGACUGAGAGAUGAACUACGGUUUCUAAAGUAUGGACCCGGACACUACUUCAAGCCACAUUGUGACGGCCAAUUCGAAGACAAAGAUGGAGCAAAGAGCUUUCUCACUGUACAUCUAUACCUCAACGGAGGUAGUGAUGGCGAUGGUACAGUCGAAGGAGGAGCGAUGAGAUUUGCCGUAGAUUUCGAAGACCCCCAGGCGGGCAAAUUAAAUAUCAAUCCUAAAGCUGGGAGUCUCGUGGUAUUUCAACAAAGAGAUAUGUAUCAUGAAGGAGUGGAAGUGACUAAGGGAACCAAAUAUACCAUGAGAACCGACAUCAUGUACAAAAAGAUAUGA